GAUCACAGGUUACCGUAAUGCUUGUCAUAUCAGAAAGACUUCCGUGUUUCUCUACCGUGUUUCUCUACGUCUCUGAAUACAAGCUGUUCUCCCGUCAGCGGGACAUCUGACCUCCGUUUCAGAUCAAUGAUGGAUCUGAAAUAGGGCUUGGGACUUGGUGGGAUUUAUUGUGAAGUUGUGUCCUGUUUACUCUGAUAAUUACGGUACCGGCCCUGUGGUCCGACAGCCGGAUGAGCGAGCUGCACGGACAACGGAUGGAGGAUCAGGUCUCUGAACCCAAACUGGUUCUGGUCUUCAGCGGGAAACGGAAGUCCGGCAAAGAUUAUGUGACGGACCUGAUCCAAGACCGUUUAGGAUCUGAUGUUUGCUGCAUCCUGCGUCUGUCUGGACCUCUCAAACAGCAGUACGCUCAGGAGCAUGGUCUGGACCUGCAGCAGCUGCUGGGCCCAGGUCCUUAUAAGGAGCAGUAUCGGGCCGAUAUGAUUCGCUGGGGAGAAACUCGGCGCCAUGACGAGCCGGGAUUCUUCUGUCGCCUAGCAACCAGAGAAGCUCGCCAACCUGUCUGGCUGGUGAGUGAUGCCCGCCGUCAGACUGAUCUUCAGUUCUUCUGCUCGGAGUUUCCUCGACAGACGCAAAGUGUCCGAGUUCAAAGUUCAGAAAAAACACGAAAACAGAGGGGGUGGAGCUUCUGCACAGGUGUGGAUGAUGCAGAGUCAGAAUGCGGGUUGGACAGUGGAGUUGAAUUUGAUUGGAUCAUCAAUAACGAGGCUGACGCCCCCUCGUUAGACGAGCAGAUGCAGCCAAUCCUGAAGCUGGCUAAGGAGGCUGGGCCCUCAUCUCUGCACUGAUGUGCACUUCCUGUCUGAACUGUGUAGAAACGUUGUGAAACAGAUAAAUAAAGGAGGCGCUGUGAUGUGCA